CACCGCCCGGUCCCGCUUUGUAUCUUAAACCGAGACAAAAGUGUCUUGAGUCCCUAUACGGGGGCAGGUGCGCAAACACAGCUUUGGGGGAGGGAGGCAGCGGCUCAGCGAUGGGCACAGCAAUUGCUACUGUGAAUGUCAAGGUUCCUUCGCCAUCGCGGGUUUCUUCCCACGUGAACUUGGACGCAGCCCGGGCCAGCCAUGUCCUCCAACUGGAGCUGCCCGACCAAGGGUUUGACACAAACAGUGGCUCUGAGUGGAGGGACUAGAAAGGGCCCAGUCCCGACCUUGUUUCUCCUCAACAGCCCGCCGGUAACCGGAUGGCGUCCGCACCCCUCAUUUCCGCCCUCGAUGGAAGCGCACUGCGCAGGCGUUUAAAGCCUGUGCAGACCAUUUGUCCCUCCAGGGUUGCCGUCCAGGCAGUAACCCAGUACACACGUUUCCUGGAGGGCGUGGAGGGGCGGGGUCGGGCUGGGCUGUCAGGUCUUAAAGGGGCCGCGGCGCUGGUCGCGGGAGGCGGUGCCUGGAGUCAGCGCUGGAGCUUCCGCAGGGCUCACCCCUACAUCCUCCAAGAUGAAGGUAGGGGUCGAGCAUCCAGUUGGAGUGAGGCCCUGAGCAGGAAGCCUCGGCCACCUCUGAAACUCUGUCUUCUAAGCAGGCGCCAUGGAAAAGGUGCUGGUCACAGGUGGGGCUGGCUACAUCGGCAGCCACACGGUAUUGGAGCUGCUGGAGGCAGGCUACUCACCUGUGGUCAUUGACAACUUCCAUAACGCCAUUCGUGGAGAAGACUCCAUGCCUGAGAGCCUGCGCCGGGUCCAGGAGUUGACAGGCCGCUCUGUGGAGUUUGAGGAGAUGGACAUCUUGGACCAGGCAGCCCUACAGCACCUCUUUAAGAAGCACAGCUUUAAGGCCGUCAUCCACUUUGCUGGCCUCAAGGCUGUGGGCGAGUCAGUGCAGAAGCCUCUGGACUACUAUAGAGUUAACUUAACAGGGACCAUCCAGCUUCUAGAGCCUGUUUCUCUCUCUGUAACUGAUGCCCGUCGCCUCAGCCCCACCCUCCUAGGGUGGGGUAACAAGUGGGACUUACCCGUGAGGCACAGGCCACUGACCCUCCCCUCCACGGCCAGAUCAUGAGGGCCCACGGAGUGAAGAACCUGGUGUUCAGCAGCUCAGCCACCGUGUACGGGAACCCCCAGUACCUGCCUCUGGAUGAGGCCCACCCCACGGGGGGCUGUACCAACCCCUACGGCAAGUCCAAGUUCUUCAUCGAGGAGAUGAUCCGGGACCUGUGCCGGGCAGACACGGCCUGGAACGCCGUGCUGCUUCGGUACUUCAAUCCCAUAGGCGCCCACGCCUCUGGGCGCAUCGGUGAAGAUCCUCAGGGUAUUCCCAACAACCUCAUGCCCUACGUCUCCCAGGUGGCAAUCGGGCGACGAGAGGCCCUGAAUGUCUUUGGUGAUGACUAUGCUACAGAGGACGGGACAGGUGUGAGGGAUUACAUUCACGUGGUGGACCUGGCGAAGGGCCAUAUAGCAGCCUUGAAGAAGCUGAAGGAGCAAUGUGGUUGCCGGACCUACAACCUGGGCACGGGCACAGGCUACUCUGUCCUGCAGAUGGUCCAAGCCAUGGAGAAAGCCUCAGGGAAGAAGAUCCCGUACAAGGUGGUGGCACGGCGGGAAGGUGAUGUGGCGGCCUGUUAUGCCAACCCCAGCCUGGCCCAUGAGGAGCUGGGCUGGACAGCAGCCCUGGGGCUGGACAGGAUGUGUGAAGAUCUGUGGCGCUGGCAGAAGCAGAACCCUUCGGGCUUUGGGGCGCAGGCCUGAGGACCUCGUUACCAUGGACCAGAAAAGAGCAGCUGCCUGCUUUCCAGUCUCCACAGGACCCUGUACCCUCACACUCUGGGGCCACCCUACCUCAAAUGCCAGCUGUCUGCUCAGCCCUCCAGGCAGGAGACCUCUGGUUCCACUGACCAGAAAGAAGUCCAGGUCUUUCCAGCCUGUCUCCCCCCCGAGUUCAGCAGCUCAUGUGAUCCCCAGAGCCUUGGGGAUGGGGAGGCCAGGGGGUCUGGGACCAUAGCCUCCCCCAGGCACUGAUGAUUAAGCUUUCCAAAGUAUUUAAAAUAAAGAUGUUUUCUUAUCGAGA